GGGUGUGCUGGGCGUCCGUGCAAAAUGAAACGUCCAGCCAUGGCACCUUCGCCCAAGACGAAGACGAAGGCAGUUGUGGUGUCGCCUUCGGCGCCUCCCAGCCGUCGGUUGAAUUUCAAGCAGCCGGAGGGAAGCAGCGCCAAUGCCUCCAGCAGCCAAUCCUCACCAAUCUUUGUCACUGAGACUGGGACUCCGAUGGCAUUUUAUGUCCCGCCGUGCGACAAUGGUGGGGAACUCCGUCGUUUAAUCACUGCUGGUGGUGGCAAAGUGGCAGAAAAGUCCAGCAAAGACGUCAUCAAUCUGAUCCCAGAAGGCCUUCAGCAUAAAAAACUGCGAAAGCUUGAGGAUGCUAUCUCAUCUCGCUUUGUUGUGGACUGCAUGUCACGCAAGACUUUGCUGCAACUGUCGGACUACCGCUUAGCAAAGCCCCCUGGUGCUGGCACUGCAGCGAAUGUGGCUCCUGCGGCUCCGAAGGCAGCUGCGAAGGCAGCUGCGGCAGCUGCACCAGGAGCUGCACCUGCGCGCCGCGGACACCAGAAGCGAGAUAGGUUCACUGCAGAGGAUGAUGCUGCAAUGGUGGACUGGGUCAAGAAGAAUCCUUACUUGAGGACACAGGGGAAAGAGAUCUGGCAACGAGCUGUCACUGCCAAGGUAACAGGGCACUCCUGGCAGUCUAUGCAGACAGCUCUUGCCGCAUAUGUGUCGGAGUCGACUCUCCAGGAGAAACGCGAGGAAGAGAAACGCGAGGAACUUCGCAAAUCCUUAGCGAAUGGUGCUGCUGCUGCAGGGGCACCUGCAGCCGCUAGGAUGGGUCCUGGCCCCGCAGCAUUGGUAGCAGCAGCAGAUGAGGACUUCAUAGAGGACUUCUCUCAGCCUACAGCAAGUCCUAAGAGGAAGGCGCCAGAGGCAGAAACCCAGAGAAAGAGGCCCCAAUGGCGAAAGUCUUUGUCCUGCUGGCAAGUGCGCAAGGAGAAGAAAAGAGACAGAUUAGGAGCACCUGAAACUCCGGAGGUAGCAACUCCGAGGGAAUCUCGUGGUGUUGUAGCUGAAUCUCAGCCGGUCUCUGCAAAUGCUGAGGCCUCAUCCGCAAGGCCUGUGAAACGGCUGAAUUUGGAUCCUUUCGAAGGUGUUCCUGAGUGGAUUCUGGAGACUCAGGAUCUGGAGAGAGCUGCUGAUAUCUCGUUGCUGGUGUGACCCAGAUGUGAAACAGGACGGCACGAGGGGAUUUCGUGACUGUCGUCGCUCCAGCGCUGUUCAGACCCAAAA